AUGUCAACAGAUUUAGUACCAGAAAAUGCCUUUACUCGAAUUGUGAUAUUGUAUGUUAUGGUAGCAGGUGCUAUAUUCCUUCCCUCGAAUCUAUCAGAACUUCUUGACCUUAUUAGGCAAAAAUCCAAAUAUUCUCAUUCAUAUAAACCUGAAUCUAAUAUAAAACACAUUGUUGUCACUGGAGGUUUUGAUGAAACCAGCUUGUAUGAAUUUCUACGUGAAUUUUUUUGUCAAGAUCAUGGUUUGGCCACAAUGAGUACUGAAGUUGUUGUGUUAAAUCAUGAAGAGCCAGAAGAGAAUAUUGCAUUAUUGCUAGAAGAUCCUGCAUUUACAACCAGAGUACAAUAUGUUAAAGGGUCAGCAACUUUACGUCGAAGUCUUGAAAAAGUUAGGAUUGAUAUUGCCAGUGCAGUAUUCCUAUUAUCUAAAAAAUUUUCUAAAAAUGAUGAUGAAGACGAUGCAGCACAAAUCUUAAGAGCAUUGGCUAUUAAAAAAUAUAAUAAUAAAAUACCAUUAUAUGCUCAAAUCCAUUCACCUGUAAAUGUACCACAUUUUGAUUUCUUGGCCAAAGAUAUAAUUUGCAUAGAUGAAAUAGCCAUGGGAUUAAUGGCUCAAAGUUUAAUAAUUCCCGGUUUCUCUUCACUCAUUGUAUUGUUGACAACUUCUAUCACUAAAAAAAUAGCAAAUAAAUUAACUCGUAGUGCAAAAAAGAAACAAGAAAUUUAUGCUGUGACAUUUUCAAAGGAUUUUAUUGGUAAAACUUUUCUAGAAUGUUCAAAACUAGUUUAUAAUCGACUAGGGGCAGUUUUAUUUUCAAUUGGAAUUUAUAGAAUAGCACAAAGUUCCAAGGAAUCAUUUAAACAAUUACCACCAAGUGCCUCACCAUUUCAAAUAUUUUUAAAUCCGCAAGAUUAUGUCAUAGACGGAAAUGAAAUUGGUUUUGUAGUUUGUGGUAAUGCUGAGAUAACUGUUAAAAUGGCACAAUUUGUUGAACAUGUUCAAAUCCCCUACUAUUACAGAGGCUUGUCUUAUAUUACUCAGUCUGCACGUGAUUUAUUUACAAAGAAAAACGGUAAAAGUAGUAACAUCAAUGAUACACCAACUGAAAAUAAUUUGGAACACACAAAAUUACAAAUUCCGGCUGCUACUUCAAAUGUAAUUGAUUCAGAAAUAGUAAGAAAUAAUAUAAAUAAUGCAGCUGCUUAUUGUUUUAAUGAAAAAUCAGAAAUUCCACAUGUUACGGAUCAUGUUUUAAUUUGUAAUCACAGCGAAGAUUUUCCUGUUAACCUUGACAUCUUUAUGAUGGUUCUUCGUGGAAAAAAUUCUAACAUCAAAGACGCACCAAUAGUUAUCUUAUCUCCUAAUGAACCUGACGAUUAUCAAAAAAGGUCUUUGUCAAAAUUUAGUCCUGUCUAUUUUAUUAACGGAUCUCCUUUAAAAAGAAAAGAUUUGUAUAAAGCAAGAGUUCAUUAUGCAAAAAAAUGCGUUAUAUUAAGUGAUUCCCUUAGAUAUGAAGAAUCUUCUAACGGAACUGCAGAUGCUGCCUCGAUAAUGAUUGCUUUGAAUAUUGAAUCCAUGGCAGCACACGAAGAAUGUUUCGUGAUUGUAGAGUGUAUUUAUCGUGAAACAUUUAAGAUGAUUGGUGAAAGUGAUUCUGUAAAAAAUAAACAAGAUGAUAAUGUACAAGCACUUUUACGACCAUCCUUUAUGAGUGGAAAUGUAUUUACACCUAGUAAUUUAGAUACUUUACUUUGUCAAUGUUUUUAUAAUAAACACAUUCCAGUUAUUGUAAAGCGUCUUAUAUUCAGUCAUGAUCCUGGUAAUAAAAAGUUAACUCCAAAAGUUACUAAUGUUCAAGAUAAUGAAUGGCAAAGUUUAAAAAUUGGAUCUGGUCAAAUGUUUCAAAUUGAUGUCCCUUCUUCAUUUUUUGGCAAGGAAUAUCAUUUAUUUUAUGAUUUCUUGAUUCAAGAACAUAAAGCUGUGCCAUUAGGACUUUACAGGCUUACUCAACAUAAAGGUGGUCAUCUAAGAUACAUUUAUGUCAAUCCUAAAGCUGCUACAAUCCUUAGAGAUGAUGAUAGAACAGUUAAUAAGAUUAGCAACAAACAGGACGAUUUUGAAGAAGAUGAACAAGUAUUAAUAAAUGCUAAUAAACAACUUUGGGAAAAAGCUAACGAAGAAGGUUUGGAAGAACUUGGACAAGAAAUUUUAAGAUCUAGUACUGAGGAUAUAAAUAAUCGUACACUAAAAGUUAAUAUACAAUUACCAUGGCUUGUUAGUAAUGUUGUUGAGUUGCUUGAUAUGGAUCCAAGUGAUGAACCAGAAGAAGAUGGUGCAAAUAUAGAUCUUGAUGCACACCGUAAAGGAAAGUGUGCCGUGAUCAAGACAUCUACACGACAAACUAUUUUCUUGCCUUUAAUUGGUCUUGUUGAUCCCGCAACCAUCAAACCAGGUGACUUAAUUGGUGUAAAUAAAGAUAGUUAUCUAGUAUUAGACACAUUACCAGCGGAAUAUGAUUCUCGUGUUAAAGCUAUGGAAGUUGAUGAGAAACCAGCGGAAGAUUAUAAUGAUAUCGGUGGCCUUGAUAAACAAAUUGAAGAAUUGGUAGAAGCUAUAGUGUUACCGAUGACGCAUGCAGAAAGAUUUAAAAAUUUGGGUAUAAAACCACCAAAAGGUGUUCUUAUGUAUGGUCCUCCUGGUACUGGCAAAACAUUGCUGGCAAGAGCUUGUGCUGCACAAACCAACUCUGCAUAUUUAAAAUUAGCUGGUCCACAACUAGUACAGGCACCUGCUAUUAUUUUUAUUGAUGAAUUGGAUGCUAUAGGGACAAAAAGAUUUGAUAGUGAGAAAAGUGGUGAUCGUGAAGUGCAAAGAACUAUGUUGGAAUUGUUAAAUCAACUUGAUGGUUUUAGCAGUGAUGAAAGAAUUAAGGUAAUCGCUGCUACAAAUCGUAUUGAUAUUUUGGAUCCUGCACUUUUACGAUCUGGUGGUGUUGCUG